AUGUCUACACUAGUGGCACAACCUGACAAAAAUACCUAUAGCAUUCCUUUCCCCCCUAAACACUCUUACAGACACCAUGAAACCAGAAGCAACUCCACACAGGCUGCUACCCACAAGGCAACACAAUUCAUAAAACCAGCAUCCCCAGGUUUACCAUCAGGACCCAGUACUGAACAAGAUGUAAUAUCCAACAAACUAUCCUUGCUUGGGAAAGAGGAGGCAUCAGAGAACAAACCAGUUAUACAACCUGAGGUCCCUGCACUACCUGCAGUAUAUUCAAUGAAAAUUAAGGGUUUAAUUGACAAAUAUUCUGAUGGGAUUGAAGAUGUCCGCAAGGUAUUGAAUUAUUUAUCCAAACCAACUUUGCACAUGUCCCGCAUGGAAUUCCACGGUGUUGGAGCGCGAGAAUUCAAAGUUAUACCAGGCAUGGUGGAAGAAAUGGGCCAGGAUUACAACAUGCACGUCCUCAUCGUCAACAUGCCCACUGUACUCCAUCAAGUGUCCUUCGACAAUGUGAGGAUUUUCGUCAGUGAUUGUAUCCAUGAUCUUCCCUAUGACCCCGAAAUUAUCUGCCCAAUGCUUGAUACAUCUUUGAUGCUGGAGAUCGCUGAUGGCUCCGUUGUAGAGACUCGAUCCUGA